UUCCUCCGCCAUACUUUACUCCAGAAUAGAUCCGUAUUGUAGAUAUCCCAAGAAGCGGCCGGGGAAACAAACCCAGACGGGAUUAUCAGGCUGACGCCGUCGAGGUACCGAAUGAUAAAAAUCUCUGGGCUAAACUAAACCUCCAGCAGUGGAACCGGGGACAUUUUCCUGGCCAGUCCGACAUUUGGACCGAGCCGAGCGGCCAAUCUGACCGCUGCUGCCUGCUUGUCAUUGACUGCUGCCGUUUUAACAGAAGCUAGGAUUAUAUUGGGCGAGGAACCUUGAUUGCUGGUGCAGUGUGUUGGGACUCCUCCAGGGCCUUCUGCCAGCACGUCCUCCUAACUAGCUGGAUGCUGAUGGAGGCAUUCAGGGACCGCAGGAAUUCCUAACACCAAAGCCUUCCAUGUUGGAUGCAGCGUUUGGAGAGCUGUGAGGAUGGGUAACUUUUGCAGGAAUAUUGGAUUUUUUUCUAAUGGUUUACCUGGAUUCUACUGCAUCCUCCAUUAAAGUGGAAAAUGAUGGCAUUUUAGUGUGGACCUGUCAAUAAAAUCAUCUAUAACUCCUCACCCUGAUUCUUCUGACACAAUGAUGGUGAGAGGCACCAUGUGGGAGUGCCUCAGGACUACCCAGGUGUAACUGCUUUUGGUAAGAACCAAAUAUCUGGACUGUAGUGGUCCACCAGCACCAUGGACCAUCACAAUGAGUGCUACCUCUGCAACCCUGAGGACGGGCCAGGAGGUCUGGAUGAGCCGCCACUUCACAGCAUUCACGCUCCCAACCGGAUCCGGCCGUCCUCAUACAGAGCCCUGAGGAGCGCGGUGUCCAGCCUGGCACGGAUUGACGACUUCUUCUGUGAAAAGAUUGGCUCAGGCUUCUUCUCCGAGGUUUUCAAGGUGCAGCACCGCAUCACCGGACAGGUAAUGGCCCUGAAGAUGAACACGCUAGCAAGCAACAAAGCUAACAUGCUACGAGAAGUGCAGCUGAUGAACAGACUUUGUCAUCCAAACAUUCUCAGGUUUCUCGGGGUUUGUGUUCAUGAAGGCCAACUCCACGCUUUGACUGAGUACAUAAAUGGAGGCAACCUGGAGCAGCUGCUGGACGGCGACCUGUACCUGUCCUGGAGCGUGAGGGUCGGUCUGUCUCUGGACAUCGCCCGAGGACUCGAGUAUCUGCACAGCAAGGGCAUCUUCCACAGAGACCUCACCUCCAAGAACUGUCUGGUUCGCUGUGAAAACGGGACGUUCACUGCUGUGGUUGGAGACUUUGGCCUGGCAGAGAAGAUCCCAGAUUACAGCGAUGGCGUGGAGAAGCAGCCGCUGGCCAUUGUGGGCUCUCCGUACUGGAUGGCGCCAGAGGUUCUGCGAGGAGAGCUGUACGAUGAGAAGGUCGAUGUGUUCGCGUACGGCAUCAUCCUGUGUGAGAUCAUCGCCCGCAUCGAAGCGGAUCCAGACUUCUUACCAAGGACAGAGGACUUCGGUCUGGACGUGCACGCAUUCGAGAACAUGAUAGGAGAUUGCCCAGCCGCAUUCUUCAGCCUGGCCGUGACCUGCUGUAACAUGAGCGCAGAGAGACGACCUUCAUUCUCUGAUAUCGUCUUCACAUUGGAGGCCAUGGGAGAAGACAGGCAGAUUCCCAUCACUCUUGAGCCAGUAAUGGUCAACGUCAGCCCAUACCGACGCCGUAGCUCCCCCUGUCACCCUGGAGACCACAGUCCACCGCGGCAGGGCCUAGCGAGGAGCCAGUCGGAUAAGUUGCCCCCAGCGGCCCUGACGCCUCCUCUCCUGGGUACACCGCCGCGGGUCAACCCCUUCUCUCUCCGAAGGGACCUAAACGGUGGCCGGUGUAAACUCUUGGACACGCCCAGCAAGUCUGUCAUCUCCCUGACCUUCACCCUGCCGGCGCUCUGCGACCCGUGUGCCUCGCCACGCCUCCUCCGAGGUACAACAGGGAUGCUAGCUCCACCGCGGAGGUGCCAGUCGCUCCCCUGCACACCGGAGAUUAGCCGGACCGCGGCGUUCCCCUGUGACGCAGAGCAGGAAAAGGACAGGAUUGGCCAGGUGGCGGGGGACGAGAAGGAGUGGGUGUCAGAGGAACGAAUGGUUGGACAAAGUUUGGAUACUACCGACGAGGAUUCUGGUCUUCCUCUUGAGCUGGAGAUGGUGUCUCUGGGACGUCUGGAUGAGGAGGAAGAGGAUGAGAACAACGAGGAGGGCGUCUGUCUCACCGAACCAAUGGACUGCACCAAGUCGCCAGAACCGGCAAAGAGAAUCCUGAACUCCACUCCUCUAAAGCCACUGCUCACCUCUACCUCCGGCUCUAACUUACGGACCAAGGCUUGGCGGCUCCCCUACGCCAACGGGCCGCCAUCUUUUCCCGCACUGCCCAAGCUGGACAACAACAACCUGUCGGAGCUGGUGAUUGGCCAGCAGGUGCAGUGGGGCGGAGGACGACACUCUAACGGCUAUGGCGAAGGCCAGGUCCCGUCCUCCGACCUCACUGGCUCCUCAGAGCGAGACGAGGUAAUUUCCUGUCCCAGCUGCUGUUUGGUGGGUUUGAGUUUCCCCUCAGUGUGCCUGCGUGGUUCUGCCCCCUUUCCGGUCUCCCAACGCCGGGCUUCGCUGCCCCGUCAGCGGCAGUACCAGAACCUCAACGGUACGAUAACGACUAGCAACGCGACCUCAGCGGCAGCUGCCGCCACGGCCGCCAGACCGCUCCUGUGUCGCAGCACCAACGGACUCGUAGCGGACCAGUCGGUACCACGUGAGCCCGGUCGGACUCUGCCAGAGGCGCAGUCGUAAAGCUCACCCUUCAGAGACGUCUCAGGAGGAUAAAACGCAACAACUCACGGCUAAAGUGAGACUCACAGUCCGGAGAAGGCUCGGAGUCAAAAUGACUGCCUCCUUCCCUGUUCUCCACAAAUUAAAGAUUCAACAGCAUGUCUUAACGAGGUCGCAUUCUAGUUCAGUGUAAACUAGCUGCUAUUCGCUUCUAGCUAGAGCCUUCUUCUUCUUACCGUUU